UCUUUCUGCCUCUCCAUCUCUGUCUGUCUGUCUGUUUGUUCUUGCUGUGAUUUAUUAGCUGUUGCCAUGUCCUCCUGUUGACAGCCGGCUGCAGGCGCUCAGGUUGCUGGUGGAGCACAGAGGGGGUUAAAUUUCAUCAGAACGCCGGCAGGAGAGCGCGCUUUCCCGCUGGAGGUCUCACAUGUGUCGGUGCAGAGGUUGGCUGGAGCAGUGCGCACUCUGGAACGCAUUAUUCAAAACACACUCAUGUUUAAAUGGAGCAAAAGGACCAAGUGUGUUCCUGUCUCGGACACUGCGCUCUGGAUGAAAAUGGGAUGAUUUCCUUCGAAGCCGCCAAGCCUCGGUGAUUCCACUGGUGGAUUUCCCUUUUUUUCCCCCUUUGGAAUGUGUUGGCUUCGCAUAAAUCUUCUUCCUCUCUGGCUUUGCCUUUUCCUUUUGGAAUAUGUGGAAUGUCAACGUUUUCUUCUGUGACCUGUUCUGUCGUUAAAAGGCUUGAAUGAUGAAAAUCUUUUGAGAUGAAAAACGGCACUUUUGGGGGAUCCUUUUCUGCGUGUGCGCGGCUCGUGCCCAAUCAGCCUGUUGUUUGCCUCCGCGGAGAAACGCACAACUUUGCGGCGAGCUGGAGCCAGAACGGGGACUGCAGUCGGUCUGAGCGGCGCUGGGGCCCGGGCGGGGUGGCCCCGGUGCUCAGCCUCUCUCCGGGGUCUCCUCGGUCCGGACGGGGCACCGGCUGGAUGAUGCUACUGAUGACGAUGAACGGUUCGAGAACUCGAGUGUGCACCGGGGUCUGUCCACCUUUGCGGUUCCUGCUACUGCUGUGCACUCUCGCCUUUCAGCCGCCGUGCGCACUGUCGCACCCGCAGCCGUGCCAAGUGCUGAAACGCAUCGGUCACACAGUUCGAGUCGGGGUGCUGCAUGUUCAGCCUCGCUUGCUUCCUGCUGGGGGUUUUGGGGACUGGGGGCCCCGGGUGGAAUUAGAAAAACAGGUCAAAACAAGUUCGAGCGCGCCUGGAAACCUGAGGAGCAGAGGAGCCGCCAACAGCCAGCGGGGCGCAAACAGGAGUAAGAGCCAGGCACGGCAACGGGAGGAGAACACCUCCAGGGAGAACCGCGUGUUCGCACCAAGAGACUCCAUCCUGGCUGCGGUCGAAGCUCUGAACCGGGCCGGAUUGCUGCCUUACAACCUCACCAUGGAACUGGUUAUGGCUGUGGGGUCCGGACUUGGAGAGCUACCCGCCUUCUCCUUCUCCUCCGCGGACAUCCCCGACAACGAGGACCCGCUGUCCUUCGUGGAGAGCGUGUGUCACACCGUGGUCGUGCAGGGGGUUUCCGCCAUGAUCGCCUUCCCACGCAACCGGGACGAGUUCGUCAAGUUGGAGUUCUUCUCGGUGGCGCUGCAGGUGCCGGUGGUCAGCGUGGUGCAGAGGGAGUUCGUGCGCCACAGUCAGAAUACCUUCCACUUCCAAAUGGCGAUGAGGAUGACAGAGGCACCGCCAUCCCGUCUCCUCUACUCACUGCUGAUGAUGAAAGGCUGGUGGGACAUCAGUGUUCUGCUCUGCCAGGAGUUGGACGUUACGGACUUCCUGUUCCUCAUCAAGAACAACACCCGCUUCCACCUGGGGGCGCUCAUCAAUCUUACAAGUACCCUUUUAACCUCGUCAUCCUCACUGUUGUCCUCAGGGGCUGCGACCGGAGCAGACGUGCCGCUGUCGUCAUCUUUACCCUAUUUCUCUUCCGCUGCUUCAUUCUUGUCUCCUUCCUCCAAAUCGGACCAGCAGCAGACUGUCAUGGAACUUCUGGAGGCCCUGAGAGAACCUUCAUCCACGACGGGGUUGGUGACGUUCGGGUGUGAGAUUCGUGAGGUGCGCCGUCUGUGGGCGCUGGCCACCCAGAUGAUGCUCCCAGAGUUUCACUGGGUGCUGGGGGACAGUCAGAAUGUGGCUGAGCUGAAAACAGAUGGGUUACCACUGGGGCUUCUGGCUCACGGUGUUAUGGGGUCGCCGUCUCUGGAUCAUUACGUCCAUGAUUCACUGGAGUUGGUGGUGCGGGCGGUGGGCGCUGCAGCCCAGCAGGAUCCAGCUCUGGCUUUGAUACCUGGAACUACCAACUGUAUGGAUGUACGCCGGAGUAACGGCAGCUCAGGGGCAUAUUUGGGAAGGUUCCUCUCCAACACGUCGUUUGAGGGCCACAGCGGUUUCGUAUCCAGACGCAGUCACAGCCAGAGUGUCAUCUCAGAGUCCCAUCACUACAUCUGGUCCCUCCAGCUGGAUCCUCUCGGCCAGCCAACCUGGACCCGCUUGGGACGUUGGCGCCGUGGAAAUGUCCUGAUGGACCAGGGGGUCUGGCCAAACUAUCAGGGAUCUGGAGGCGGCGGUGACUGGCGGCGAUCCGCACGCUUUCACAUGCGGGUGGUGACGCUGGUGGAGCAUCCGUUUGUGUUUACCCGUGAGGUGGACGUGGAUGGGAUGUGCCCCGCGGGCCAGCUGUGCCUUGAUCCGCUAACCAAUGAGUCUUCAGUUUUGGAAAGGCUUUUUCACAACCUGGCAGCACCCAAUGGGAGCGUCCCCACGGAACUGAAGAAGUGUUGCUAUGGUUACUGCAUCGACCUGCUGGAGAAGCUGGCAGAGGACAUGGGCUUCACUUUUGACCUGUAUAUUGUUGGCGACGGGAAGUACGGCGGACUCAAAAAUGGCCGGUGGACCGGAUUGGUGGGAGAUUUGCUGAGUGGCGCCGCCCACAUGGCAGUGACAUCAUUCAGCAUUAACUCAGCCAGAAGUCAAGUCAUAGACUUCACCUCUCCCUUCUUUUCCACCAGCUUGGGAAUUCUGGUUCGUACCCGGGACACAGCUGCUCCCAUUGGGGCCUUCAUGUGGCCUCUCCACUGGUCUAUGUGGCUUGGCAUCUUCAUCUCUCUCCAUGUCACCGCCAUCUUCCUCACUCUGUAUGAGUGGCACAGCCCUUUUGGCAUGACGCCCCGAGGACGCAACCGUGACCGGGUGUUCUCCUUCUCUUCAGCACUCAAUGUUUGCUACGCUAUCCUGUUCGGCCGCACUGUGGCGAUCAAGCCCCCGAAGUGUUGGACAGGUCGUCUUCUGAUGAACCUCUGGGCCAUCUUCUGCCUCUUCUGUCUGUCCACUUACACUGCGAAUCUGGCUGCUGUGAUGGUCGGAGAGAAGACCUAUGAAGAACUGUCAGGGAUACACGACCCAAAGUUGCACCAUCCCUCUCAGGGGUUCAGGUUUGCAACUGUGAGAGAAAGCAGCGCCGAGGACUACGUCAAGAAGAGCUUCCCUGAAAUGCACGAGUACAUGAGACGAUACAAUGUCCCGGCAACGCCAGACGGCAUACAUCAUCUCAAAGCUGAUCCACAGAAACUAGACGCCUUCAUCAUGGACAAAGCGCUGCUGGAUUAUGAGGUCUCCAUAGAUGCCGACUGUAAAACUCUAACAGUUGGAAAACCCUUUGCUAUAGAAGGCUAUGGCAUCGGUCUGCCUCAGAACUUUGCACUCACCUCCAACAUCUCAGAACUGGUGAGUCAGUAUAAGUCUGACGGCUUCAUGGACACGCUGCAUGACAAAUGGUACAAGGUGGUGCCUUGUGGGAAACGUAGCUUCGCUGUGACUGAGACUCUGCAGAUGGGAAUAAAGCAUUUCUCCGGCCUGUUUGUGAUGCUGUGUGUGGGCAUGGCCUUAUCACUGCUGACCACAAUAGCAGAACACAUUGUAUACAAGCUGGUCAUCCCCAGAGUCAAAGAGCCGCGCUUCAAAUACUGGCUGCACACGAGCCAGAGAUUACACCGAGCCCUCAACUCAGUCUUCACUGAUGACAAAAUCCUGACCGUUACGAAGCCGGAGAAAAGAUGCAAUGAGGGAAACAACCAAUCAGCAUCCUGGAAUCCCUCUAAGUCAUCCCAGUGGAACAGACGGAGGACAAUUCCACAAGAGGUGCAGAAUGACCUAGAACGUCCAUCCUCCCAGGAUCUUCCUCCACCACCUCCUUCUUCACCCAGGUCUCACCCACAUUCAUUUCCUCUCCUGGAGAACCAUCUGUCUGUAGUGACCACCUCCAACGGUCGCUCCGACCUGUUGGAACUGGGCUUGGGCCAAAGACUGGCAUCAGGCCAAGGCCUAACACCUGGACAGUGCCGGGGCGUGGCUGACUGUGGUCCUGGCAUAGCGAUGGGCCAGAACACACUAGUCCAAGAACUGUCAGAACUGGAAGGUCAAAUCCUUGUGAUCAAGCAGCAGCUGCAGUCUGCCAUAAGGCGAAAGAGAGAGCUAGAACAGUACCAAUCAGAACACCAGCCAGCAAACCAGACUGCACCCAGUCAGCCACCGACACUGUUUCCCCAGUAUACCCAGUCCCACCAGCAGACUAACCAACACAAACACACCCUUCCGGAGUUCUAAAUCUUUGGCCAUCUGUUGAUUUUUUCUUUUUUGCAGAGAACCUUGGUGACAUUCAGGACUGGAGUUCACAACCUAUGUUCAUGGUUGGAACUUUGACAGUCCAGUGAUUGGGAGUUUCCUGACAUGUUCUCCAGGGACUAGAUCCUGUUCUGUAACUUCAGCAGAACAUUUCUUCACAUCCUGGAGACUGGGCUUUGCCUGAAAGAGCGGCACUGGACAGAAGAAAACCAGGGAUCCUCUGAGGCUCUCACAGAGGAUCAUUGCUGUCAUUGAAGAGCUGCGCACCCACUUCCCUUUCCGUCUCACCUUUUUGCCUUUGCUUCCUUUUCCAUCCACUUGUAUUCCGAAGCCUGUUUACUCCAUUUCGCCCUGUUCAUGUCUUUUCUCCAUGUGCUGCCUCUUUAAGGGUACAGACAUGUUACCAUGACGAUAAGCUUGAUCAUAGAUAUAAAGAAUCCUUGGUGUUUUAAGCUUAAUGUGCUGAAUCUCCUGAGUCUGACUGUAAACGACCUGAAGGUGAAGCCAGGUGCUUAAAUCUUUAGCUCCUCUGUGUCUUACUGAAACCUUCUAUCUUUGGAUGAGGUUGAAAUAAGAACUGCAGUGAGUUGGAUGAGUUUGAAUUGGUUUACUGUUUGACAUUUUGACAAAAUCAGACCUUUUUUGAUGGGUGGAAGAAGAAAGCAGAUAUAAAGUUUCUGGAAAACACCUCAGAAGCUGGUUGGCUUCUCACAGUGGUUUAUAGGGCAAUUAAAAAAAAAAAAUCUUUUUAUGGACCUGUGCAUAACUUUGUCCUGCACUUCACGGAUGCACACCUGGUUUCUUAGAAAGCUGCACCUGCACAUCAUCGUUUAACCUGCCAGAGUUAAAGCUGUGCUGCAGAUGGUUUUGUCUGAAGAAUUGAUGCCAAAGCUGAGACAGAAUUUCUGCAUCUCGUGCUUUUUAUCAGCUUCUUGAAAACACACUGGUGCUUUUGUGAUGUGGUGACACGGAGCAAAUGUCAGGUUUUAUUUCCGAGAAGGAGGAAACUGUCUGGAUGCAGACGGCUGACUGAACUCUGACGUUACCUGGAUGUGAACACUCUCAGUUGAACACACUGAAACAGACCCGCUGAUCUGUUUUCUUGAAUCUGUUAUUAAAAAAAAUACCUGUUUGCACACAAUCAAAACUGAAAAGUCUUUGUCACUAUUUUUCUAUG